AUGGCGCUAAAAGUGCUGUCGGCGCUGGACACGGCCCGGACGCAGUACUACCACUUCAAGGCCACAAUCGUCGCCGGCAUGGGCCUCUUCAGCGACGCCUACAGCCUAUUCUGCAUCCCGCCAAUCACCAACAUGCUGGGCCGGAUCUACUACCCGCAUCCCCACCAUUCCUCCCAGCACCACCUCCCAACCAACAUCUCCCUCGCCAUGAUCGCCGCCUCCCUCCUCGGCGCCGCCGCCGGCCAGCUCGUCUUCGGCUGCCUCGGCGACCGCAUGGGCCGCCGCGGCGUCUACGGCCUCUCCCUCCUCAUCAUGGUCGCCGGCUCCCUCGCCUGCGGCUUCUCCGCCUGCACCACCCGCGGCUGCGUCCUCGGAAGCCUCGCCGUCUUCCGCUUCGCCCUCGGAGUCGGCAUCGGCGGCGACUACCCGCUCUCCGCCACCAUCAUGUCCGAGUUCGCCAACAGGAACACCCGGGGGGCCUUCAUCGCCGGGGUGUUUUCGAUGCAGGGGUUCGGGAUUCUGGCCAGCUCCAUGGUCACCGUCGUGGUUUGCAAGAUUUUUGCCGUGGGCAGCCGCGCCGGAGGAGGGUUAUCCGAUCAGCACACGCCGGCCGGGGCUGACGUGGCGUGGAGGGUGAUUCUUAUGCUGGGUGCUGUUCCCGCGGCGCUCACGUAUUAUUGGCGGAUGUUGAUGCCGGAAACCGCCAGAUACACGGCACUGGUGGAGAACAAUGUGUUACAGGCAGCGCGUGACAUGGAGAAAAUCCUAGACCUCCCACUCAGCCAAAUACAAACAACCAUGGAUUCCCCAGAAUACCCUUCCUCCUCCACCUUCGCGCUCCUCUCCACCCGCUUCCUCCGCCGCCACGGCGUCGAGCUCUUCUCCUGCGCCGCCACGUGGUUCCUCCUGGACGUGGCCUUCUACUCCAGCAACCUCUUCCAGUCCCAGAUCUACCAGCAGUACCUCACCCUCGACGACUCCACCGACGUCUACGAGGAGGCCAUCAAAGUCGCCGGCCUCCAAGCCCUCAUCGCCAUCUCCGCCACCAUCCCGGGCUACUACUUCACCGUCUUCUUCAUCGACCGCGUGGGCCGACGCAAGAUCCAGCUCAUGGGCUUCACCCUCAUGGGCUUUCUCUACUUGGGCCUCGGGAUCCCGUACUUCUUCUGGAGGAAGCCCAAGCACGCGGGCUUCAUCAUCCUCUACGGCUUGACUUUUUUCUUUGCCAACUUCGGGCCCAACACGACCACGUUUAUUGUCCCCGCGGAGCUGUUCCCGGCGAGGCUGAGGUCGACGUGUCACGGGAUAUCCGGGGCGACGGGGAAGAUCGGGGCGGUGGUGGGAGCGGUGGGGAUACAGAGGGCGUGGGGGAGCAGCGGGGAGUAUAACGAGGGUGAUCCGGAUAGUAAGCUGAAGCCGAUGAGGGCGGCGCUGGUGGUGCUUGGCGCCGUUUGUUUCUUGGGGACGGUGGUGACGUAUGCUUUCACGCCGGAGACGAUGAGAAGGUCGCUUGAGGAGAAUGAGAAGGAAAGGGAGACAGAAUCGGAUGUCCCGGCCGUUGCACUGUGA